UUAUUUCUCUCGAAUAUCCCCUCCGAAACGACGAAUUACAUAGAGACUUCAGUCCAGGCUUACCUAUUUAAUGCCUCAUGGCCAUGGCGAUUUGUGCCUUGUUCUUCCUCGAAUUCUCCUGUGAUCCAAGCAAGUCUCCCUCCCCGAAAGCACGAAGCCUCCGAGAAACUUCAAUGACUGAUUGAACAGAAACUCACCCACAUCGAUAAAUUCUUUAAUUCGCAAUCGGCCGAUGUUUUUUUUUUUUUUUAAUCCUUUCUGCAUGUAGGGAGGUUCUUGAAAUUUGACUUCGUUUCCAGCUGCGAGUUUUCCUUGCGUUCGCUUGUUGUUCGAAGCGCUGCUAGUCGUCGUUGGAUCUGCGAAAUUUUGUUGGGUAGACUCAAGAAACACGAUUUUAUCCUGGGACAGUAGUCUGGAAUCUUCUUUGUAUCUGCUGUGUAUUCCGUUGAAGUAAUUUAUGAUUUUCAAGGGGGAUCGUUUGCUUGGAGAAGUUGUAACAGGAUUGCUUGCUGGAAGAAGUCGUAACAGGAAUCAAGGAUAUAGUCUUUAUAGUAAGCCCUAGUUAUUUUUGCGAUGUUAGCUGCAGAGUAACCAAAUGAAUGUUGUGGGAAAAGUUGGUAGCCUCAUUUCACAAGGCGUAUAUUCUGUUGCCACCCCGUUCCAUCCUUUUGGUGGCGCUGUUGAUAUCAUUGUUGUUCAGCAGCAAGAUGGUAGUUUUAGAAGCACCCCUUGGUACGUUAGGUUUGGUAAAUUUCAGGGAGUUCUAAAAGGCGCUGAAAAGAUUGUUCGAAUAGGUGUUAAUGGCGUUGAAGCCAACAACUUUCAUAUGCACCUUGAUAACUCUGGUGAAGCUUGUUUUGUAAGGGAGGUUGAUUCAAGUAAAGAAAGUAGUAGCAAUGGCUUUGGAAAGGAAGCUGGUAACAUGGACACUACAUCGAAUUAUGAUGGGAGUUUUAAUGACAGGAACAAAAGUGUGGUUGGAAUUUGCAGACUUGAGCACAGUGUCUCUGAUUCUGGCGCUAUUCAGUUGCAAGACGAAUUUGAGUCCCCACGACAACUUGAUCGGUCAGAAUCUGAUGGGGGGAAAUUUUAUGACUUCCAAGAUGAACAAUCUUCCCAGGAUGGUUCGGUCGACUUAUCAGAAUAUGGGUCUAACCGAUACAGAAAUUUGGAAGGUGACAAUUUUGCAGAGGCUCAAAGUGCAAAUUCAGAAGUGGUUUUGAUCAGUGUGGAUGGUCAUGUAUUGACAGCACCUCUCCCAGCAUCUGAACGGGAGACUGGUAAUGUUGAACUUAACACGCCUCAGUUUCAUCUUGGCCCCGGUGAAGGCACUGACUUUGUUGAAGGCAGCGAGGAGUUUGGUUCAGGCGAAAAUGCUUGGGCUUCCGACUACAUUGGUAAUAUGAACACGUCAACUAUUGAUGUUGUCCGGUUUACUAAUAAGACUAAUGGUGCUUCUGGCCAUGUCCUCGGAGUUUAUGAUGGAGAAGGUGAACAUGCUUCUGUAGAUAAAGAGCCCCAAAAUGCCAAAGAUCUUGAAGGAGACACUCUAGGUGAUUUAGAAGAUGCAUAUACAGGAAUAAAGCGGGAAGAUGUUUUUAAAAGCUGCUCAGAGCUACAAGAAUUGGCAAAUCAGAGUUUGGAGACUGACAUUACUAGUUCCUCAGCAGAGUCUGAUACUUUGCUACAGAAAGCAUCUCAGACUCUUGCGGCAGUUGCUGAAACAGAAAAUGACCAGAAUAUUGAGGCCCAAAACAAUGACGACAUAUCCCCAUCUCCCUCUUUGGGUACUGGGGCAUCCAUAGAGUUAAAAGUUGAUGUUGGACCGGUCAGCAAUGAGACAUCACACAAAGAUUUUAUGGGUUCUGUCAGUAUGGCUGACAGUUCUCUCAGUCUUCGAGAAACUGAGGUCGAAAAGAUCGGUGCAUCGUUGGUAAUUGAAACUAUGGGAAAUAGUCCAGAGGACUUGGGUGAAGGGUCAGAGAGUUCAGCAGAUAGCGAAUUACUCAACAAAUUUGAGAUAUCACUCUGUCAAAAUGAACUCCAUGCUGGAAUGGGUUUGGAUGCAGCAGCUAAAGCAUUCAAUGCGCACCGCAUAUGUGCAGAGGAAUUUCUGACUUCGAUGACAUCGAUUGUGAAGAAUGAAAAUCUGGUUGUGAGAUAUAAAGACAGGUACCUGUUGUGGGAAAAAGCUGCUCCUAUUGUUCUAGGGGUAGCUACAUUUGAUGUGGACAUACCUGUGGAUUUGAAUGACACCAUCCCUGUAGAACCAGAAGAGGCAGUGAAGCUCGUCGAUGCGGAUUCUGUACUUACUCCUACUUCCUCUGGACGUAGAUGGAGACUCUGGCAUAUUCCAUUCAGAAGAGUCAAAACAUUGCAGCAUGAAAGCAGUAAUUCCUCAAAUGAGGAAACAUUCCUCGACUCCGAACCUGCUUCCCAAAAUGUUGCCACAGAAUCAACUUCUGUAGCAAAUCAGGAUGUGAAGUCUCCCCACAAACAACAUAUAAGGACCAAAAUCCCGACUAGCGAGCAGAUAGCAUCUCUGAAUCUAGAAGAAGGUCAAAAUAAGGUUACUUUUAGUUUCUCUACCAGAGUUCUUGGGACACAACAGGUUGAUGCUCAUAUCUACUUGUGGAAGUGGAAUGCAAAAAUUGUUAUCUCUGAUGUUGAUGGGACAAUUACCAAGUCUGAUGUUCUCGGUCAAUUCAUGCCAUUAGUCGGAAGAGAUUGGACACAAUCUGGAGUGGCCAGACUCUUCUCUGCAAUUAAGGAGAAUGGGUAUCAAUUACUCUUUUUGAGUGCGAGGGCAAUUGUUCAGGCUUAUCUAACCCGAAGUUUCCUCCUUAAUCUUAAACAGGAUGGAAAAGCUUUACCGAAUGGACCUGUUGUUAUAUCACCUGAUGGAUUAUUUCCAUCAUUAUAUCGAGAAGUUAUUAGAAGAGCGCCACAUGAAUUCAAGAUUGCAUGUUUGGAGGAUAUCAAAGCACUUUUCCCUUCUGAUUACAACCCAUUUUAUGCGGGGUUUGGGAACAGAGAUACUGAUGAAUUGAGUUACAGGAAGAUUGGGAUCCCAAAGGGCAAAAUAUUCAUCAUUAACCCCAAGGGUGAGGUGGCCAUAAGUCAUCGCAUCGAUGUCAAGUCAUACACAUCCUUACAUACCCUGGUCAAUGACAUGUUCCCCCCAACCUCAUUAGUUGAGCAGGAAGAUUAUAAUGCAUGGAAUUAUUGGAGAUUCCCAUUACCGGACAUCGAAAGUUAGUUAGUAGCCUGUGUAUAUUUGCUAUUUUUCACCGACUAGAGCACCAGCCCGAAGCCUCCUCCAAAGCCUUCUUACUCCAAUUGUUCUAUUUCUCUUGCAUCUCACCUGCAUGAAAAGUCUUUUUUGCCGGGGCGAAGAGCCUGCCCUUGUAUUGAGAAUGGCUGCAUUGUCCCUCGUCCCUGUAUUAGGUUACUGAAUUAUGCAGGGAAGCUAUUGAAACUUCAGAGUUGGCAGUUUUUCAUCAGUCACAACUGCUGAUCCUAUUCAAACCGUAUAGCAGGCUAGUUCGAAAACAUAUUGUAUAAGGGCUGAUUCAUGUUGUCAGUGGUUCAAGCUGUCAUAUCUGAUCGGGAAAAGUCGACAAUUCUUGGCAAUACUUUGCUUCCCAAUGUUCUAAUGCCUCUGUUGGACCGGCAAAUGUACUCUAGAGCUUGAUAGUUGAUACGUUUCUCUAUUGUCUCUGUCACUUAGAAAUUGUACCGUUGUUCCUAUUGAAGUCUAUCCAAUCUUGCACCUAGUCCAUAAAGUUCAAGGGUACAUAGUUUUUUU